GGAUUGCAUCAUGACGCAGCGGUUUUGACGUCACUAAGCCCCGCCCCCUGAGGAGCGCCUGGGUGGAUAUAAGCGUGACGCAACCCGGAUCGGCUCAACACUCACGCGCACCAGCCGGCGACUCUUCUCACCAACUUCGCUCUUGACGCACGCUCAUGCUGCAGAACUCACGUCCGACGCUGGCCGAUGUCAGCUGUUCGGCGUCGGUCCCGCGCCCGUCGCCGGUCCCGCGUCUGUCCCCGCCGGGCUCGCUCUCCUUGGACGACCUAAGUCACUUGACGACCGGCGCCGAGCGCCGGUCCAGUCUGGCCGCACUCGCCGACGGCAGCUCGGACGGCGCCAGCUCCUGCUCGGAUUUCAGCACCGGGGGGAAGUCGCAGCGGUCGCAGACCGAGGCAGACAGGAGGAAGCGAAGGCGAGAGAACAACAAGGCCGCCGCCGCCAAAUGCCGCAAAAAGAAGAAGGACAGGACGGAAUAUUUGCUGCUGGAGUCUGAGAAGCUGGAGAGCGUCAACAUCAGCCUGAAAGCUCAGAUCAAAACUCUGAACCAACAGAAGCAGCACCUGUCCUACAUGCUCAACCAGCACCGUCCCACCUGCAUCGUCCGCGCCCACAACGGGUGCACCCCAGACCAGGAAACGGCCGACCUCUUCAUGCGCCACCUCCAGGAGAGCCCAACCACCUCCCUCUUUACCAUCCAGGACGCCGCCGGCUCCCUGUUUGCCAGCACCCAGGAACUGGACGCCGGCAACCUCCUCAGCCUGGACCACGUCCAGUGUUCGGUCUCCAUGUGACCAGACCCUGCAAAAUACUUGUAUGUCAAUAUUCAGCUUUAAACGACAGCCCCUGCAGUCCCUCCCUCCAUUGUGUCCUUGGCCACAAGAUGAGGGACCUGUGGAACGUUUACCAUUUGGAAUAUUUCCAAAAUUCUCCUGACUAGCCCCACAAGAACACGGAAAUGUUUUGUGAGAGGUCCUCAGUGCUGCUAAGGGGCGCAGAGGACGGCCGACCCCUCACCCCACGAACCCGAGCUGCUGACUGGACAAAGUCGCCUGCAUGGAAAACUGGACUUUUCAUCGUUCUUUUCCCGUCCAAGGCCAAGCUGGAGCACUUUUGCUUUUUGUGCCAUGUCCACUAGAUAGCACUGUGACUGUUGCACCACUACUUGCUGCUCAGCGAUGCACAAAGAAGCUGAGUGAGAAAAGUCAUUGUUUUAAAUUAUUGUUUAUUUAUUUCAAGACAGACGGUUAACUGUCAAAAUGCUGCUAAUUGCCCAUGUUGUAAUCACUCAGGACCUUACAAGUUGCGUCCCGAGUGAGUCGUAAUGAUUCCGACAGCAUAAAACUCGACAGCUACCGAUAUCGACUAAAAGGUCUUUGUUUGUACGAUAUGUCUCCAUUUGUAAAACACUGUUUCAUGCGUGUGUGUGAAUGUGUGUGUGUGUGUGGCAAAGCUACUCAAAAUGUUAUUUUAUACUUCUUCCUUUUGUACUGUUUGGUCAUGUGACCAUGGGAGCUUUGAGCCAAAAUGUUCAACCUGUAGCCGGUCAAAGACCGGCACGUUUUCUUUUUCACUUUGUUGAAUAAAACGUUGUUUGUUGUCAAACCACAAAAA